ACCUUCUGGCUUCUAUUCUAUUGGGAGAGUACAGAUUUCUCAAUAAAGUACUACAUUUUGGGUUAUUAAAUUUUGAACUCCACUUAUCAUAGCUAUUUAAGAGCAAAUCUUAAUUAUCAAACUAUUAAGACUUAAAAAAUCACUCACUCACAAUUCACAAGAUAUAAAAUUGGACAUUUGAAGAAGAGCUGAAAACUGGGAAGAACAGAAAAACAGUGUAGAAGAAAGGCUUUUCCUUUUUCUGGGGUGAUUAAGUGGUGGCCUCAAAGUCGAGUUCUAAGAUAGUUGAGAUGGACAAGGAUAAAGGAGUUGAAGAAGCAACAACUUCGAACUCCAGUGCUGUGGAACAGAAUAAAAAGGAGACUGAGAAGCAGGAGAAGACUGAUGUCAAAAGAGUCCCGUUCUACAAGCUCUUUUCUUUUGCAGAUUCUACAGACAAGACAUUGAUGAUCAUCGGCUCCAUUGCUGCGAUUGGAAAUGGUGUAUGUAUGCCCCUGAUGACCGUCAUUUUUGGUGAUCUGGUUGACGCUUUUGGUGAGAAUCAAAAUCCUAAAGAAAUCGUGCAUGUUGUAUCUCAGGUGUGUUUGAAAUUUGUCUACUUGGCCAUAGGUGUAGCAGUCGCUGCAUUUCUUCAGGUUGCUUGCUGGAUGGUCACAGGAGAAAGACAGGCUGCAAGAAUUAGGAAUUUGUACCUAAAAACUAUUCUCAGACAAGAUGUUGCCUUCUUUGACAAAGAAACAAACACAGGAGAAGUUGUUGGGAGGAUGUCUGGUGAUACCGUUCUCAUACAAGAUGCUAUAGGAGAAAAGGUUGGGAAGCUUCUACAGAUGGUAUCAACAUUCGUUGCAGGGUUUGUCAUUGCGUUUACUCAAGGGUGGCUUCUCACCCUUGUUAUGCUGUCCUCCAUACCCCUUCUCAUGAUUGCUGGUGCAGUCAUGACCAUUACUAUAUCAAAGGUGGCAACAAGAGGCCAGGCUGCUUAUGCGAAGGGGGCAAUUGUUGUAGAACAGACUAUAGGUUCAAUCAGAACAGUGGCAUCUUUUACAGGAGAGAAACAAGCUAUUGCAGACUACACGAAAGCUAUCACAGGUGCCUAUAAAUCAGGUGUCCUUGAAGGACUGGCUUCAGGAACAGGUCUAGGUGCCUUGACCCUGGUAAUCUUUUCCAGCUAUGCUUUAGCCAUAUGGUUUGGCUCAAGGAUGAUUCUUGAAAAGAAUUACUCAGGGGGUACUGUCCUUAUUGUGCUAUUCUCUGUGGUGAUUGGAUCCAUGUCACUGGGGCAAGCAUCUCCCUCUUUGAGCGCAUUUGCUGCAGGUCAAGCAGCAGCCUACAAGAUGUUUGAAACCAUCAAUAGAAAAUCGGAAAUAGAUCCUUACGACCCCGAGGGAAAAGUAAAAGAUGAUAUUCGUGGAGAUAUUGAGUUAAGGGAUGUUUAUUUCAGUUACCCGAGCAGACCUGAUGAGCACAUUUUCAGUGGAAUUUGUCUUUCUAUCUCAAGUGGCGCAACUGCUGCAUUAGUUGGACAAAGUGGAAGUGGUAAAUCAACAGUGAUUAGCCUCAUAGAGAGGUUUUAUGAUCCACAGGCUGGACAGGUUCUAAUUGAUGGAAUCAACCUCAAAGAAUUUAAGUUGAGAUGGAUCAGGCAAAAAAUUGGCUUAGUAAGUCAAGAGCCUGUGUUAUUUGCUUCCUCAAUCAAAGAUAAUAUUGCAUAUGGGAAGGAGAAUGCCACAGUUGAAGAGAUUAAAGCCGCAACUGAGCUGGCGAAUGCUGCUAAGUUCAUCGAUAAAUUACCUCAGGGGCUAGAUACCUUAGUUGGUGAGCAUGGAGCUCAAUUAUCAGGAGGACAGAAGCAGAGAGUGGCCAUAGCAAGGGCCAUUUUAAAAGAUCCACGAAUUUUACUUUUGGAUGAAGCUACAAGUGCACUUGAUGCAGAAUCUGAGAAGAUUGUGCAGGAGGCAUUAGACAGGAUAAUGGUAAACCGGACAACUGUUGUUGUUGCUCAUCGUUUGAGUACAGUGAGGAAUGCCAACAUGAUAGCAGUCAUUCAUCAAGGGAAGGUUGUUGAGAAAGGUUCACACUCUGAACUAUUGAAGGAUCCUGAGGGAGCAUAUUCACAACUUAUAAGUCUGCAGGAAAUUAGAAAGGAGUCUGAGCAAGUUGAGGAUGUUGGUGAGAUCUCAAGACGCUCUAGUCAAAGAAAAUCAUCCUUAAGAUCCUUAAGCUAUGGAUCCUCUGGGAGGGUGAGUAGCAACCGCCACUCUUUCACAGUUCAAGAACCUGAGGAUGGUAUUGCUUUACCGUCUUCUCAGGAGAAACCACAAAAAGUUUCAACAUGGCGCCUUGCUUCUCUCAACAAACCUGAAAUUCCAGUACUUCUUCUCGGAGCUCUAGCUGCAUGUGCCAAUGGCCUCAUUUUCCCAGUUGUCAGUAUAAUCUUUUCUAGUGUGAUUAAGAUGUUCUAUGAGCCACCUCAGUUACUGAAAAAGGAUUCAAAAUUCUGGUCCUUAAUGUUUCUAGUCAUUGGUAUAGCAUCAUUCGUGACUCAACCUCUACAAUCCUACUUCUUUGCUGUGGCCGGUUGUAAGUUGAUACAACGUGUUAGGUCGAUGUGCUUUGAGAGAGCAGUCCACAUGGAAGUUGGUUGGUUCGAUGAGCCUGAUAAUUCAAGUGGUGCAAUUGGUGCAAGGCUGUCUGCUGAUGCGUCAAUUGUACGUGCUUUGGUUGGGGAUGUUCUUGGUUUGACUGUACAAAAUGUUGCCACAGCCAUUGCUGGUUUAGUCAUUGCUUUCACUGCAAAUUGGAUAUUGGCAUUUAUUAUUCUUGCAUUGAUACCUGUUAUAGGCCUUAAUGGAUAUGUCCAAGUGAAGUUUCUGACGGGCUUCAGUGCGGAUGCUAAGAAGAAGUAUGAAGAGGCAAGUCAAGUUGCUAAUGAUGCAGUUGCUAGUAUAAGAACUGUUGCUUCGUUCUGUGCCGAGGAGAAGGUAAUGCAACUAUAUGAGAAGAAAUGUGAAGCUCCUAUAGAAGCUGGUGUAAAGCAAGGAUUGGUUAGUGGGGUUGGUUUCGGCCUGUCCUUUGCUCUGCUUUUUUGUGUCUACGCCCUCAGUUUCUAUGCCGGAGCUCAGCUCGUUGCCCAUGGGAAGACAACCUUUGGUGAGGUUUUCAAGGUUUUCUUCGCAUUGGCUUUCUCGGCAAUAGGAAUAUCACAAUCAAGCUCCUUUGCAACUGAUAGUAGUAAAGCCAACAAUGCAACUGCUUCUGUAUUUGGAAUCCUUGAUCGUAAAUCUAAGAUCGACUCAAGUGAUGAAUCUGGGAUGACCUUAGAUAAUGUGAAGGGUGAAGUCGUGCUUCAACACGUGAGCUUUUCAUAUCCUAGUAGACCUCAUAUCCAGAUAUUCCAAGACCUGUGCUUGACUAUUCACUCUGGCAAGACGGUGGCUCUUGUCGGAGAAAGUGGAAGCGGAAAAUCAACUGUCAUUUCCCUCUUACAAAGAUUUUAUGAUCCUCAUUCUGGUUGUAUCACGCUCGACGGAAUUGAACUUCAGAAACUCCAGUUGAAAUGGCUGAGACAACAAAUGGGCCUUGUAAGCCAAGAGCCUGUUCUUUUUAAUGAUACUAUACGUGCCAACAUUGCAUAUGGAAAGGGAGGAAAUGCAACUGAGGCUGAAAUCACAACUGCUGCAGAGCUCGCAAAUGCUCACAAGUUCAUCUGUAGCUUGCAACGUGGUUAUGAUACAGUCGUAGGAGAACGAGGAGUUCAAUUGUCAGGAGGACAGAAGCAACGGGUUGCCAUAGCUCGAGCAAUAGUAAAGGAUCCAAGAAUACUGCUAUUGGAUGAGGCUACUAGUGCACUUGAUGCUGAAUCUGAAAGAGUUGUGCAAGAUGCACUUGAUCAGGUCAUGGUGAACCGGACCACUAUUGUUGUCGCUCAUCGUUUAUCCACUAUCAAAAACGCCGAUGUGAUUGCAGUAGUUAAGAAAGGAGUCAUUGCAGAGAAAGGGAAGCACGAUACUCUAAUUCGUAUUAGAGAUGGUGUUUAUGCUUCUUUGGUUGCACUUCACAUGAGCUCAUCCUCCUAACAUAGCCACAGUUUUGAAACACUUUUAUUUUGCGAGUUUUGCUACAACACCGCCAAAGCCACACUCCUCGUAGUAUAGGGUCGGCACCAUAAGUCGAGCAAAUGCGAAAGCGAGGUAUUAUUUGCACUCCAUAAACAUCUACUCACUCUCAUUUGUAAGAGCAAAGUUUCCAAUGUGUGUUCUUUUGUUAGAAGAUUUUGGAUUUCCUGUCUUUUGGGCUCACAUUGCACAAGUGUGGAGAAUGUGGCUAUUUGCAUGGGCUUUGCUUCUAUAUACAAAAGGGAAAAUUCUAUCAUGUACAAAAGAAAGAAAUGAAGUUAGAUAGUCCAAAAGGAGAAAUAUUUUUGAUGUAAUUUGAUUGAUAUAGAUUUGUAUUUUUGGUGCUGAAAUUGAUGGACUUGUUAGUUUGUAAAAUUUAUUUUUUUUAAUUAAUUUUAUGUUUAACUUAA